AUGCCCGUCCUAGUGGGUUAUCUAAUGUUUCGUCAUCAUCCUCUCCCCCCCUCCCCCCACCCCCCUCCUCCCCCCAUCUCCUCUUCUCCGUUAUGUCCUUUCCCUCCCAGCCUCUUCGCGUUCUAUCCUGCCCACCUAAUCGAUACCCUCCUGCCCCCCUCCCACUCCCUCCCCACUCCCCCCCCCCCGCCCUCCCCUUCGUCCACCCCCCCCGCACCCCGACCGCCCGUGCUCCCCCCCCGCUCGCCGCCUCCCCCUCGCCCCGCCCUGUUCUUCCUCCCCCCCCGCGCACCGCCGCACGGGCCCCCGUCCGCCCCGAACCCCCCCCCACACACACCCCACCCAGCUCCCCCCCCCCCCUUGCCCCCCUCACCACUCCCGCGACACUCACGUGCACGCCCACCACCCCCCAUUCCCCGUCCCCCCUCGCCCAAACGGGGUCCGGGCCCGACCCUGUACUCUCCCGGCCCUCCCCUCCCGCCGCACCUCUCCGCCCCCCCUCCCCCUCACCCCUCUCGUCAUUCCUCCUCUCCUCCUCUCUCAAUGUCCGCGUCCAUCGUCUCCGUUUACCAGCUCCAGACUUUCUCCCCCUAUCUGCUCCGCCGCACGGGAUUCCCCCCCCUCGGUCCCCCCCCGCCGCCCGGCCGCAACCCCUCCCCCCGCCCCGUUUCUUCCUAG